AAUCCCCGGCAUAUCCCCCUCACGCCGAUCGCGCUUCUUCCGCUCUCAUCGAUCUCGACGACUUUCCAAAUUCUCUCCGCACCGCACCGGGCGAAUUUUCGACGAUACCGAAACGAAACGAAACAGCGCGGGUCUGCGAUAUCUCAACGCACGAGACGUGAAUGAUACAUCAUUUCCGACUUGAAACGCCGCCGACUCCGCUACUCGCGGCACAUCUGUUCGUCGUAUCGCGCUGAAGAACACGUAGUCGCAAACACGUCUUGCGGUAUUAGUAAAACCUGAUACGCGAAAAAUACGCAGAAAUCGAAUCAUGCCAUUUGGAAAACGCUUUAAAGGAGAUAUCCAUCGAUGACGGAGACUUCCCCUUUCGACGAAAAUUACAAAGUUCGAUCUUACGAGUCGUCGACGGAGAUUUCCUCUCGGUAGAGAUUGCGAAGUUAAAUCUAGUGGCAGUAACGACAAGCGCGCGUAAAGUGUAUUGAAUAAAUGUACUUUCUUCUUCGCAACAAGAUCGCUUCGCUAUAUAAAUUUGUUUAUCGAACUGAAAAUGAAUCAUUAUUGAAUUUCAAAUGAAUAUUGAUUUGGUCGUCGAGAUCGAUAAAAGCGGAAUAUCGUCUUUUUGUCGCAUGCCGAUCCAGAACUCCUUUUUGUUUCUCUCCUCGUGUCAGUUUUGUACGCUUGAUUUUCUUAAAAAUGUCUGAUGAAAAAACGGAGGAGGAUUUUCGCGCUUUGAAUGUGCACCAGCGGAUCGGCAGAAAAAACCCCCGAUAUUCUUGAUGUUAUCACCCUGUUGUAAUUACCGUUGUAAUUACCGCUGUUGCCGUAGCCCGAGCUGGAGAUAGAGCAUCCCGCAGUUGCAUUUAGAGAUAAAUUAUGAGCUAGUCGCUAUGAGCUAAUAGCGAAAGCAAUAAGCAGAGCUAUCGCGUUGGUAUUUUUAUCGAGUUUUAGUAAUUCGUGCGAUAAUCGGCGCGCUGGCGAUAUGGAGAGCAGACGGUUUUCGAUCUCCUAAAAAUAUAUCAUGUAUGUACAUCCGACCUUUGUAAAUCAUGAAUUUCGGACGAGCUCUCCGGAAUUUCGCGCUUGGCGCGCAGCGCGAAAGUUGUAAACAACCACGGCAAUAAAUCGCAAAUAAAACAGCACUGUAAAGAUUUGUAUCCAUCCUAUGCGAAUUGACGUCGACGCUUUAAAUUGCGAAUCGAACGCUGCCUUGCGCAAAUUGUUUGUGUGUUGAAUGUCCGCCCUCUAAUAUCUGCUCUAUCCUAACUCGCGAUAUGCCAGAUAUAUGCCUUCCCUUUCCCUUGGGGAUGUUUUUAUUUUUUUUUUUCGUACAGCCGAGUGAGCGUUUUUCGUGAUUCAUAUUUCUAGAGUAGAGUGUCGAUCGGGCAGCUUGUGUCGUCCCGAUAUUUCUAUAGAAGUGCGCCGUUCUGCGAGAUGUUUAUCGCAUUAUUUACACCAGGCAAUCAUAAUCUCAGAAAAUGCGGAAAAAGCAACACAACGUGGAUAAAGAAAUAGUUCUUGUGAGACAGAUCGCUUCUUAUUCGAGAGCGACGCGCGCGCGAUAUAUCAACUCUUGAGAUAAUAUGAGGAUUUAAUUAUAAAGAAAUAUAUAUAUGGAAUAAUAAUAGAAAGCUUUAUUUAAUUCUUUACGAAUUGACCUGACGUGAUACAAUAACAUCACGUUAUUUAUUAAUAUUAAAUUUAAAAGGUCCUCAAUUAAAUUGUUUUAAAAUUGAUAUCUGAACUUUUCUAAAAUAGUACGGAGAAAGAGGAAUAACUUAAUUUUCGCUGAUAGUUAUUUAAAUGUAUAUUGUAUAGUGAUUUAUAUGCUGCAAUAUUUUUGGAGAGUUAAGAUCGGAUUAUAUUAUCUUGUCUCCUGAAAUUAUGGUUAUUCUGUGUGACGUCGUAGUAAAAUAUGAAGAAGAAUUGCUUUCCAUCCGGCAGUCUUAUCGCGAAGUAAGUUCUAUUAACCGUAACUAACAACAUUCAUCGUCAUUAUCAUCGUCAUCGUCAUCGUCAUCAUCAUCAUCAUCAUCAUCAUCAUUAUCAUCAUCAUCAUCAUCAUCAUCAUCAUCAUCAUCAUCAUCAUCAUCGCCGUCAUCAGCGUCGUCGCCAUCGUCAUCUCGAUAGACACACAACGCGACAAUUGGCCAAGUCGGUUAUCUCGAGCGUCAGUCACGAAAAGAAAUCCGUCGCGGCAUACGAGCCUUCAUGUGACCUUUUCUCUCUUUUUCACUUCCUCCCCGGUGACCCUUUUCUCAUCCCUCCUAAUCUAUGCCCACUCGAGACUCCGCGAAAAAGCGUAAAGCGAGGGCGAGGCAAACGGGAUAGCGAGGUAUCGACCCAUUAUCGACGUCAUACCGCUCUCCGGCGUCAUCCAGUUGAGGAGCGUUCCUCAUAUGCCAUACGUGGCACACAAGAGGCUCGUCACCAUAGUUCACUCGCCGAUCCAUCAUGUGUACUACUCCGGCGCGAUGGUACCGAUAAGGGUGCGAUCGCGCGUGCGGCCCAGCAUCCUCGCAGCUGAGCUCAACAGGAUACGCUACCUGCCGAGGCUGUCAUCCCGAUCCUACACUGAAGAAUACCUAAAUUCCCGAGACAACAUACUUUUCGACGAUGAGACAAGGGAUAUUCGUGCGAAAGUGGAUUCUCUUCUUCGACGUGUCCACGUGUUCGUGCCAAGGGCAGUGGCAAGGUAUCCGACGGAAAUGAAAUGCGAUUUCCUCGAGCAGAUCGUGCCGGAACGUAUGCGCAACCACGAUUACGUUCGCCGGCUGCUCAGCGGCCGCAGCAACGCGAAGAAGCAGGUCGAUCAUCUGAACUGGUACGAUGUACCUGAGCGGGGCACCUUCGGCACUCUGGCGUGCAUCAAGUACGUCGCCGGCAAUCCGCAGUCCGUCAGAAGACCGUACUACAAAGUCGCGGACCUUCGGCCGGCCGACAUCCGCAACGACGUCAACUUCCUCAGCUACUACAGCAAGAACCGUCAGGCGGCCGCGACUGCCUCUCCCGGUCAACCAAUGACAGAACGAGAGAUGCGAAAGGUACGCGCAUUAGGCUACGACUCAACAAGCCAGGAACAAAAAACUCCUGCUCCGGAAUCGGAUGCAAAACCAGAGAAAAAAGCGAAAAAGAAACCGGAGCCGGAGAAAGAGCCGAUAAGAGAACCCGAAUCAAUGCCUGAACUUGUACCCGAACCUGUGAAAGAACCGGAAUCAGUUGCGGAACCUGUGAAAGAACCGGAGUCAGUUGCGGAACCUGUGAAAGAACCGGAUUUAGUUGCGGAACCUGUGAAACCUUCGAAACCGGCGAAGGGAUCGAAAGCGGCAAAAUCGGCCAAAUCCGCGAAGGCGGCCGAACCUAAAGCGGAACCUGCGCCAGAACCUGCUCCGGAACCCGUGAAAGAACCAGAAAUCGUAAAGGAACCGGAGCCCGAGCCCGUGCAGGAAUCACAGCCUGUUUCAGAGCCGAUAGCAGAGCCAGAAGCGCCGACAGAACCGGUCGCGGAGGAAGCGCCGACCGAAAGUGCGGAGGCCGUAAGUGACGAAGCUAAGGAAGAGAAGGUGAAACAAGAUAAGGAAGAUGCCGUAAGGAGGGCCGAGGCGUACCUUGCUAAAGCGGCUCGAGAAGCGCAAUCGGAAGAGGAGAGGCGGAAGGCCGCGGAGGAGGAACGGCUGCAGCUCGAGAUGGAGGAGAAGAAAGCGUGGGAGGCACUGCAACUUGCGCAGGAACGGAAAGCCGAGCUUAGCCAGAUACUAGAAAUCGAACAGCAGGAAGCCGAGAGAAAGGCGGAAGAGGCAAAGUUACAAGCUGAACGCGAGGAAGUGGAGAGAAUAGAAGAGGGGGAAAGAUUAAUCAACCAGGCGAAUCUCGAAUCACUCAUACAGGAGCAAGAACGAUUGAUAGUCGAGGAGCAUCUCGAAGAAAUUCAUAAUCAAAAGCAAGAGCAAGAAGAGACGGACGUCACGCAGCUUGAAGCUAAUGAAAAUAAAGACAUCUGUACCGAGGAGCCGGCGGAUCUUGGCGAAAUAACCGAUCAAGAGAAGGAAGAGAAGCCUUGCGAUGUUACCACGGAUGACGAAACACGGGUCGAGGAAGAGAAUGUCCACGAAGAGGAGCCCGAGAUAAUCGAAGAUCCUUUCGUCGAGGAGCCAGAAGGGGCCGAAAGUAAGCCGCAAACGGGACCGACGGCGGCUGAGGAUGGACCGCAAAUCGAAGAGGUUACUUCCGGCGAGGAAUUCGAAUGGGGUGAUCAGGAUUCGUAAUUGGUUCAGUCCGACUUGGUUCGGACCGUUUCGCGGCAUCGAUGGACCACGUUCCUUUUAUCGUCAUCAUUAACGUUAGGAUUUAACGCGUCUUCGCGUCCUAUCAUCCUGUCCGCGAAUAUCAUUUAAUCCAUGGCAUCAUCAUUGCGGAUAAUCGUCGCGACCGGUGAUACGACGAAGAGAUCUUAAUUAAUUUUCCUUAAUCCAAUCUCUUUAUUUAUUUAAUCGUAAAAUUCACAUUUCGCGUGCAGUUUCACGUUUCAUCAGCACACAUUUCGCAAUCAAUUUCACGCGUCACAUUGCGUUGAUCAUAUUAGGCGAACUCACGCGGAUCGAUGUAUAAGUAUUGGGAUUUCUGGUGGCUAUAUUUUUAUCAGCUUAUUUCAGAAAAACCGACCGAGGAGGCUCUCGUGCGAUCUGCGCGUAUUUAUUUCAUUACUGACCGCGCACACCCUUUUCACAUUAUAUCCCCACGUCGAGAGAACGGCAACCCGUAGAUCGAGUCUGACACGAGUAUCGAUUUCCGUUGGUCUGCCGGUGGUGGUGAUUCGUUUAUAGUCUCGGAUAGUAAUCGGGUAGAAAUAUCGCGACGUAUUUUAGCCGUCCAUUCGGCAGUCGUGCAAUCGAGCUGGUUUUGUCGUCGUCUAUUUUUACAGUAACAGCUUCGAGUUUCAGCCAUGAAAUUGGUUUGACUGCGAUUGUCCGAGCGAUCGAUCGGAAGGACGAGGAUUCCGGAAAUAAUCGCGAGUACGAUUUGAGAAUUAGCGGCCAUCUUAUGACUCUCUCGUCGCUCGGAAAGUGACAGCCUUCUGAUAUACUUAUGUUAGUAUUACUUAUUAUUAAAGAGGUACUAUAUACAUAUAUUAUAAGAGUGUGGUAAUAAGAAUAAUUCAAUAUGAAAUAUCUCUCUCCGUGAUUUAACAAACAGGCCGAAAAAGCAUCGUCUUUCCCGCAAACAACGUCGUGAAAAUACAUUGCGGAGCUGGGGAUGAAACGGUCACAAGUACAAUUUUACAAUUUUGUUAAUUAACCAAACCCAAGAUAUAAAUUUUUAAUGUUUUAUAUAAAAUUGUCAUGAGAUUCUCUGCAUAAUUCUCUGGCAUAAUAGAACAAAACGGAUACGAAUAUAUGUAAAACAUGCUUAUUACCCUUUCAUUUCGGAAAAGCUCUCUUGCCGUUUUUGCGCGAAUCCAGAUUAAAAUUAGACGUAAGAAAAGCUGCACAAUCUGUAAGAUAAUCGACGUUGUGCGCUGUGUAUGAAUAAAACAGGAAGGUACUUAACAUGGUACGUAAAUGAAUAACGAAUUUAUUCAUAUUCUAUUUAUAUGUUCCAGUAUUUAAUGCAUACUGAAAUUCGUAGCACGCAAUAUGUACCCAUGCAACGCCUAUUUUGUUUAUGAUUCAAGACAAUAAAUAUUAUAAAUUGUAA